UUUUUACUUAUCAUGACUUCCGAUUACUUAUUUGUAAAACUUACUGAGCAUUUAUAUGAUUUAAAAACUGAGCAUAUUAUGGCAGCCACACUUAUUUAUCAAGGAUUGGAGGAGAAUCCAUGGAUUAGCAAGAAUAAACUGAGGGGCAUUGUGAAUAGAGCAGUUGACUUGGUAAAAUGUUCGACUACUACGAGUUCUAAACGCAGUGAAAAACUUACUCAAAUAAUGCCACAGGUAGCUACAAAAUUUUCAGAAAUAAAUAAUAUUGAUAUACAGAAUGAUGACCCGCCAACAGGAAUUUUCCUCGACGGCGUGGAGGGUGUUUAUAUUGAAGACCAUAUUUGUUUCUAUGUUGAUGAUAUAGUGCCUCACAAAGUCUUAUUCGUGUAG